CUAAAGCAAGAAUUGAUAGAUCUCUUAGAAUACUAGAAACUUACUGGAUCAGAAUCUUAACUAUUUGAUAGAUAUUCAUGCUUGGAUUUGAAAAAGAGGCUUGUUCUACCUGCCCCUGAUUGGAUGGAAACCAAGCUUUCAAACGACACAUCUCUAAAAAAAAAAAAUACAAAAAAACCUUUAUUGCUGAUAGAUCUAUUACGAUGGGAAUCCAUGGACUAUCAUACUAUGUCAAGUCAUUUCCUAGUCUAGUAGAAAACGUUCAAUGGAAGAUCGAUUCCGAGCAGACAUCAGAUCACUUUAUUAUUGAUGGUAAUGCAUUUGUUUACCAUAUUGCGUUUGAAAACAGAACCAACUGGACCCAUGGUGGACAAUAUGCCACUAUAGCAGAAGCUGUCACCAAAACAAUCCAUACGUUCUCAAAAGUAGGCAUCCAGCUGACUUUCUUGUUUGAUGGCGCUUUACCAAGCGACAAGAUCGAGACAAGGAUCAAACGACACCGAUCCUAUAUUGAGCGAUGUGUUUCAACCUUUCAUAAUCUGGACCAGAUCAACACCAGUAAUAAGAAUGUUCAAACGCGACAGAACGGCAUUCAGUAUUACGGCGACCUAUUUUUGAUACCUCCCCUAACACUAGAAGUGGUUGUUCAGACAUUACGUGAACUCAAGGUGCAAGUCAAGAUAUGUCAAGCAGAAGCAGACGGCGAAGUGGUCUUGAUGGCUAUCGAACAGGAUGGUUAUGUCGUAUCUCAAGAUUCAGACAUGCAUGUCUAUCCCAAGAUAGGAAAAGGCUAUAUUCCAUUGGACAUGUUGAACAUACCACAGGAUGGAUCGUUUGUUUCAGCUGGUGUCUAUCAUCCUCAACGGUUAGCGUCCAUGCUGAGCCUUGAGCCUUGUCUUUUGCCCUUGUUUGGCACAUUGUUAGGUAAUGAUUAUCUCGAUACAGAUGUUGUACGUGCCCCUAUUGGACAGUGGUGUAGCACACAUGGCAUCCCAACCACCAAGAGCCCAACUGGAUGGCCUAAACUUGUAGCCGAGUUCAUCAAGCGAAACACACAGGAACCAAAUGGGGUGAUAUGGGCCAUAACAGAGCAACUAAGACCUAUCAUUUCCAAAAGCAGUUUUAAGUCUAGGCAAGAAAUAGCACUUCACCUUCAGGAUCGAAUAAUCGAAUCAAUCAGCCGAUACGAUGAUAAAAGUCCUCUUCUCCUAAAAAAACAGAACCAACACAUAGCACACCAUGGCUUGAUCGACACUUUCUAUGCAGCAUCUAAAAACCACAGCAAGGGAUUCAGUAGACAGUUAUUGGAUAUAGUGGAAAGUAGAACAUUCUGGACAAGUAUCUUUCUUGAAGAUAUUGAGCGAGAAUACAGUUGGGAUGUGAGUCGGGCAUUAAGGCAAUAUGUAUAUGGUGCAAUCCUUGCCAAUUCGGGACAAUUGUUGACAUUCUCUAUUGAUGAAUAUGUGCGGGAAAAGCAGCAUUUAGAAGCCAUAAAAGUCAAAGGCACCUCUUUACAAGACUUUUAUGAGGCUCAUGCAAGUAGCCAAGAAGUACUGGCUCAGUUUGAUGUAUCUAUCCAUCCUUUUAUUCUCUGCUUACGAUACAUGAUCCAUCACUGCUCUCAGUCCAUACCCCAAGGUGGUCGAUUAUUGAAUUAUGAAGUAGUGGGUAUAGUCAUAUCUACACUGAGGUCACUGGCCCCCAAAAUUGGCUUCCCCGAACAUCAAAUGACAAUGCCUAGUGUACCUAGCCUUAAAAAAAGGUCUGUCCACUUGGCAUCUCAAUUCCAGAGUGUUAUUUAUUCAUCGUAUCUUCUCUCACAAAUCCUCGAUAUGCCACACUAUAUGCAGUUACCUGGUAUCUUGGCUCGUCUCUAUCAUGGCACCUAUUUUCAUUACUAUAUAGAUCUUGCUCGUAAUGGGGCAAGCAUAGGCAAGAUGUUAUUGGGUACAUCUGAUAAAUUUAAGCUCUUUUUUUGUUCAGUCUAUAAAGUCAUCUUGGCGGACUUGGAACAAGAUGUACAACCUGUGUUUGACUACAGAUUAGAACAACAGGAUCUAUUGGAUCAAAAACCUAAACGACUUCAUCCUAAUCCUCAUGAAUCUGUAAAAAAGAAGAAAAAAAAGAAUACCAUAAGCAAGGCAGACAUUAAGAAUACAAAUGCAUUUAAUGUAUUGAGCUUUGGUUGUACAUUUGAUGAAUAAUAAUAAUAAAGAUUGGUUUUCCUUAAAGGAAAUUUGACGCCCAAAUCUA